UUUUUGUAAUUUUCUCGUUACCCGGGGAUUUUCAUUAAAAUCUCUGAUAAUUUAAUUCUGUAGUUCCAUUUUAGUAUAGUAAUACAAAAACUCAGAAAACAUUAAUAAUGAAAGUGACUGUGAUUCUCUAAUACAUAAGUGUACGAGUUUGUUUUAGUAUGUAAUACCUAUUGCAUUUUAAAGUUGUGUUAAUUUUAAUCAUGUUUUCUGAACAUUAAUCUACAUUUUGUGUUAACUACGCUGCUCCAUCCAGAUAUUAAGACAAAAUGAAUGUGGCGGGAUGCAGUUUCAACAGAAAAGAAGAUGAAGAGCCCAAUCCAAAAACGAUGCAGCUAUCGCAGCUCAUCCAACUCAUAGAUCCAAAACACUUGUCAUACUACCUCGAAACAGUGGCAUCUUUCCUAAAAAACUCAAAAAGGGACUUGUGGUUUCCGAACAUAUCCCCCCAACUCGAUGCCUUCCUGGUUCGAAUGAUACAGGACACACAAAACCUGAGGAGUCUUCUGAACCACCUCGAUGUGAAGUCCAAAGCGCUGGCCGUUGAUAUAAUUGAAACGUUGGACAAUCAUAAAGACGAAUUCAUAGUCGUUCACAGCUAUGUCAACUCGAAUUUUAAUAAAAACCCAGUCCAACGCCCAUCAACAUCGGAAAGGGCGAAAGAAUCUGCCAGACAAAACCCACCAGACAGGUCUACUACGGACAACCCGUUGUCCUACUCUUUCAAGUCCCAAUGGGUGGACUUCACACUGAGAUUCAUUCAAGACCACACUGCUGACUGCCUAGAGUUCCCAGAAAUGAGCAUAGAUCAAGCGGAGUUUGUGUACUCACUGAUUCAAGAGGCGAAGCUUGAUAGCGAGGAAGAUCCGAAAUGCAAGGCUUUGUAUGUACCGUUGCAGAAAGCGCUGAAGGUUUUUAAUGAGAACCACGAGUUCAAAGUCAGUUUUCUGUACCUGGCUGGGGAUGAAGUCCGGCUUAAUUUAGAAAAGGUGCCGCUUAAUAACAACAGGGGUGAGGCACAGUGCCCAGACAAAAACGCGCGGAAAGAAAACUCGCCAAAAGAAGUCACUCCGGUUUUCAUUCAUGGCUCUCUGCAAACGAUUUGGGAGUUCAUCAACGAGGAAGCAAAUGGGAGUAUCCUCUUUAGAAACGCCAACGAUGCGGAGUGUUCGUUUUUGCAACGUAUUCUGACCUCUAUAAGGUCUAAGAAUAAGAAGCUACACGCGUCAUUUCUAGAAGAGAGCAAGGUGAUGUUAAGGAAGAUUGUAGCAGGUUUGAGAACUUGCCCGUUCGACUUGAAGUUGGCAUACAUUAGACUCGAACAGAACAGAACGCUAAAAAAUGUGUGUAUAAGUAAAGUGCCAAAGGAACGUAAUUGCACUAGUACAAGCGCGUGCAGCACUCCAAUCCGCCAAAAUAUUAACGCUCCUGAAAACAUUGUGCCAAGACCAUCUGGCUCUCAACAGCCCUCAACAUCAGCUCAGAGCUCCAAUCAAAAUAGAGCCCGAACCACAGAGGGCUGGCAAGUCGCAGACAGACCCCCGACCAUAAACAAUAAAGUUGAAAAACAUGAUGACCACGCUGUACCCAGUACUUCAAAUGCGUCAACAAAUAAAAUCGAAAAGAGUGAUGCUCAAGCUUCAACAAGCAAUGUUAAUGUAAAAGUGACAAAAAACACUGCUACAAACCUGGCCGGCAAUAAUGCUCAAAUUAAAAAUGAUACAAACAUAAAAAAAGAACCGGUCAUAGACAAUACAGGCAGAGAAACUUCUUUGAGCGUCACUGUCAAAAAUGCGUCCACAGAUAACUCGACCUUAUACAAUGCAUCGGACUCUGUGGAUUCCGGGGUGGGCAUAGACAAUGGGAUAGAGCCAGAAGGUGCUAUGAAAAGUGGGAAGUCAAUUGCUGCUGCUGUAUACAGUUUGAAGACUAAGAGGGAUCGGAGUGAAGCUAAAGGUCUAGGUCUGAGGAAGGCCAGGCUGAUAGAAGCGCUGUCGGUGCCUUUGGAGAGCGAUGUGGCGAUGAGGAUGAUGCGUCAAAUGGGCUGGAAGGGUGGCCCAUUGGGUACGCGAGGCGACGGCAUAUUGGAGCCCAUCAUGCCGGAUCUGAACCGGAAAUCAAACGCUGGUCUUGGCCACGUUGCGCCCAAAAAGGAGCCCAAGCCUCAAAAACCACAGGCCCCGCCCCCAAAAGCACCUCAAGCCACGCCCCCAAAGCCACAAGCCCCGCCCCCAGCCAAACUGGCGAAGACUAUCCACUGCCACAAGCCGCCGAAUCUUCGUGCGGACUUAUUGGGACACAUCCAUUAUUUGAUAACCGAAGAAUAUAUUGAGAGAGUGGUCGUGUACUCUGCUAAGAUGGGGAAGAAGGACAUCACCUUUCUCAAGGGCGUACUGAAGUCUAUUGAGGCGCGGACUCAGCAGACGUUCAACGACGAGGUUCAACAGGAGACGUUCAAGAAGAUUCUGGCUGAAAUGGUGGCGGCGCCGGAUUUGCAGGUCGGCUGCGUGAUUGGAGGAGACAAAAGGUCCAUAUGCUUCACCAAACACGGCGUACCCAGCUCCCAGAAGACAUGCGAUCAGCAAUAUUUGCCGCUUGAGACCGUCAUAUCAGUGGCUUCCAAAUACCGCCACGCCAAAUUGAUCACCACCGAUAUCAUAAUGGACAUAGGAAAACAUUUAGGCCCGCGAAACACUGUCAAAUGCAAUAAAGCUAUCGGCCAUAGGAUUAUAUUACUAACAUCAGUGCUAGACUUGGUCACUGGAAAUAAACUAGAGAAAGAAUUGAACUUUGAUUAUAUUUUAACGUGCAAGCAAGUGGGAUACGUCAAUGAGAUGGUGAUUGGAAUUAAUGCGAGGGUAAGAUGGUCGCAUAGCACUUGUUUUGAAAAUCAUCUCAUGGUUGAGAUCCUGAAGGUUCUGAAGGAGACGACGCUGGUUCUGCAAGCAGUGUUCGCCAAUAAUAACCAACUGUUAAAAUUCCAGAAGACAUCCACAACUGGUGCUUACCAACCGCGUUUCACCAACAGCUCAUUGGAAGGCAAAAUCGACAAUAAAGACAGUGCUAUCCCUGGAACGUCCAAACAAACUAUCGAGAAAGACUCUCAAGCCAAAAAUAAUAAGAAUGAUGCCAAAGUUGACAGUAAGACUGGACAAGAAGUGAUCGUUAUAUCGGAUAGCGAUGAAUCUUUUAAGAAAGAGGCUAAAGGUGAAUGCAGCACCGCAAACACAUCUUUCGAGUCUGAAUUCGAGAAAGAUGUUAACGAGCUCAAGGAAGCUAUAAAAGCAGCCGAUGACAAUCUAGAUGAAAAAGACCAUGUCAGUGCGAAAAGACUGCGAUCGGAUUCGGACGGGUCCCAGGGCAAUAAGAAAAAGACCAAAAUAAAUACCACCAUCAAAUACUUGGGGAUCGCUCCAGACAGCUAUCCUUUAGAAGAAGUUGGCAUCGAUGAGAUAAUGACCUUCCAAAAUAAGGUGUGCGAACACAUAGAAAAAAAGAAGGAAAAACCACUACUGGAAUGUCUUGGCAUCAAAAAUGGCGCCAUCAUAUACUGUUGUCAUGACGAAUUCGCCAGAUUUCUCGUCGAGAGUGUUGCCAACAACAUGAAUUUGAAAACAAUCAACAUCACAAAUCUGUACAAAAACAAAAAGAAACAAUACAAAAUGUCUGCGAGGAUCAACAGCUAUGUGGAUCUAAAUUUGAAGAAGCUGUUUGCUACAGUCGAAGACUACAAUCCUGGUUUGAAGACGGACUUGUGGGGAGUUAUUGAUGUCCAAAACAACACCGGGUAUGUUAAUAUUUCUUUAGAAAUAGACGAGGAAUCUUUUGAGUACAUAUCUGACAAUAACUUCAGCAUCUUCGCUGGUAUGGAUAAGCUUAGAUUCAACUUAUUGUGGGAAUAGGAUCGCCAAAGAUUAAUGUUGAGUUGCACCACGUAACUUUAACCGUAACUAUAACGACGGUGUUUUUGUAUGGAGUUUUGAAGUUUGUUGUAGUUGAAGUAAGAUGGUGCAACCCAGUCUAAGAUUUACAUGGAGUUGUGAGUUUAAACUAGUCACUAGUCCAGUAUUGUUAGGUCUCAGCAUUGAUUUUGAAGGCUACAAGCCGUAUUGACUGUACCAAUGUUUUACAUUAUAUUUAUUGGGAUAUGUGCAUUUAUAACUACGGUUUAAGACAUUUAUUUUUCAAAAAAAUAAUUCGAAGUUUACUUAUGUAGAACAUGAGUUAUCUAUUGAAAAAUACUGUCUUAAUACUGUACUGACUCGAACACAGCUUUGCGUUUGAUGAUACAAUCCGUUUUCACCAUCAAUCUCUAAUUUUUAAUUAAGUGACCCCUAUAGUAACACAAUAAAAAUUCCUAUCGAAUUUUGUUUUCAUAGGGGUAAUUUAAAAAUUAGGAAUUGAUGAUGAAAUCGGGCAUCACUCAUUAGCUUAAUGGUCAAAGUAGUAAUUAUAAGUCCCAAGAAUAAUUGUCAGGAAUAAUAUUCUCUGAUAUUUAUUUAGCUAGUCACUAAAAAGUGGAAGGGCGUGGCCCAAAUAUUAAAUUUACUUUAUUUAAGAAGACACA